GUGUGUGUGUGUGUGUAUGUGUGUGUGUGUGUGUGUGUGUGUGUGUGUGUGUGCGUCUGGUUUCAACAUGCAUGUGACCUGGAUGUUGGACAUGUAGUUCUCAUGCCUCUCCUCUCCUUCCAGAGGAAGUGAGGGGAGCUCUCUGAUUGGCCAGGGAGUGGAGAGGGUUUUGAUUGACCAGAGCGAGAAGCACAGACAGGAGCCUAAUCUGACCCAUGACCUCCUGAUCUGACCCCUGACCUCUGGACCGCUGGCGAAGCAGCGCUGCAGACGAGCUACUGACGCUAACAGCUAACAAGCUAACGGCUAACGACGCCAAACUCAGCUCCACACAGGAGACGUGCUGGACUACAGGAGAGACAAGGAGAGACCAGGGGAAACCAGGAGAGACCAGCAGAGGCCAUAAGACACCAGUAAAGACAAGCAGAGACAGUACGGACCAUCAGAGACCAGUAAAGACCAGCCGAGACCAGAAGAGACCAGUUAAGACCAGGAGAGACCAGAAACGACCAAUAAAGACAAGCAGAGACCAGCAGAGACCAGCAGAGAAAGUGGGAGCAGUUUGAUGGGAUUCCACACUACAGCUCGAUGCCUCUGAGUCCGGCCGCUGACACCCAGCAUGAUCGCCCCCGGCAACAGGCGGUCACCAAUGGCAACCAGCCCGGCUCCCCGGUGGUCCGGGACGACGACAGAGAGGACUCUCCUCCGGGCCACAGCGUGGUGGUCCGCAUCGGCAUCCCGGACCUCCAGCAGACCAAGUGCUUGCGUCUGGACCCGGACCUCCCCGUGUGGGUCAGUAAGCAGCGGGUUCUGGUGACGCUGACUCAGUCGCUCUCCGACGUCCUCAACUACGGCCUCUUCCAGCCCGCCUUCAACGGCCGCGCCGGCAAGUUCCUGGAUGAGGAGAGACUGCUGAAGGACUACCCCCUGCCCCCCAUCACCCCCAUACCCUACCUAGAGUUCCGUUACAAGAGGAGAGUUUAUACCCAGAGCUACGUGGACGACAAACAACUCGCCAAGCUGCAUACCAAGGCAAACCUCAAGCGGUUCAUGGAACAUGUCCAGCAGAAGAACGUUGAGAAGGUCUCCAGAUGGCUGGACAGAGGACUGGACCCCAACUUCCAUGACGCCGACAGUGGAGAGUGCCCGUUCACCCAGGCCGUGCAGCUGGAGGACAGCUGUGACCUCAUCAAGGUGCUGCGGAGCGGAGGGGCUCACCUGGACUUCAGGACGAGAGACGGCAUCACCGCCCUGCACCGCGCAGUGCUCUGCAAGAACAGCACCGCACUCACUACCCUGCUGGACCUUGGAGCAUCCCCCGACUACAAGGACAGCCGCGGUCUGACCCCCCUGUACCACUCGGCCAUGGUGGGGGGCGCCCCCUUCUGCUGUGAGCUGUUACUGCAGGACCACGCCACCAUAGGCAUGACCGAUGAAAACGGAUGGCAGGAAAUCCACCAGGCCUGUCGUCACGGUAACGUGCAGCAUCUGGAACACCUGCUGUUCUACGGCGCUGAUAUGAGUUCCCAGAAUGCAUCAGGGAACACAGCGUUGCACCUGUGUGCGCUAUACAACCAGGACAGCUGUGCCAGAGUGCUGCUGUUCAGAGGCGCUCAUAAGGACAUUAAGAACUACAACAACCAGACUGCCUUUCAGGUGGCGAUCAUCGCUGGAAACUUUGAUUUAGCAGAAAUCAUCAAGAUUCAUAAAACAUCAGACGUGGUUCCCUUCACAGAGAGUCCUUCUUAUACAAGGCGUCGUAGAGUGGGAGGAGUCAGGGCUGCAGGGGGGAGUGGCCUGUCUUCUCCUCGCUCUCUGAUUCGCUCAGCCAGUGACAACGCUCUGGAAAGUCCCGCCUCCUCACCAGGCCCCUCCCUGCAUAGCCUGGACACACACCACGACACACACACACACUCCCUGAGACGCCACUCACGCAGACUCAGUCCUGGGGGAGGGGCCGUGGUCCCAGUCGAGACCACGCCCCCGCCCUCCCCGCCCCCGGCCACCCAGGUGAUGAAGAGGAGGCUCUACAGCGCCGUCCCCGGGCGCACCUUCAUCGCCACGCGGUCGCACACACCCCAGGGCCCGGGGGAGAUCCACCUGCACCGGGGGGAGAGGGUCAAAGUGCUGUCCAUCGGGGAGGGGGGGUUCUGGGAGGGCAGUGUUAAGGGACGGACUGGCUGGUUUCCUGCUGACUGCGUAGAAGAAGUUCAGAUGAGGCAAUAUGACCCCAGACUAGAGAGCAGAGAAGACCGCACGAAGAGGCUGUUCAGACACUAUACUGUGGGCUCCUACGACAACUACACCUCAUACAGUGACUAUGUGAUAGAAGAGAAGGCUGCUCUCCUCCAGAAGAGAGAGAGUGAAGGAUUCGGCUUCGUCCUGCGAGGAGCCAAAGCUGAGACGCCCAUCGAGGAGUUCGCUCCCACCCCAGCGUUCCCAGCUCUUCAGUACCUGGAGUCUGUGGACCAGGGGGGCGUGGCCUGGAGGGCGGGACUUAGGACCGGGGACUUUCUGAUUGAGGUGAACGGGGCGGAGGUGGUGAAGGUGGGCCACAGACAGGUGGUGUCUCUCAUCAGGCAGGGCGGCAGCGGGCUGCUGAUGAAGGUCGUCUCAGUGUCCCGCAAGGCCGACUCCAACCUCCGCAAGAAAGCUCCGCCCCCUCCGAAGAGGGCUCCCAGUACAUCUUUAACUCUGCGCUCCAAGUCAAUGACCGCUGACCUGGAGGAGAUAGCCUCAGCCAGAAGGCGGCGCUUCGAGAAACUGGAUGAGAUGCUGGCGGGAACGUCACAGGAAGUGGUAAUGAGGCCGCGGCCGACGGAGGAAGUGCGCUCGGCGACGGUCCGACAGCGACCGAGCAGCCGGCGCAUCACACAGGCCGAGAUCAACUCUCUGUUUGAGCGUCAGGGGCUGCCCCCCCCCCAGCCGGUGGAGAAGACCACCAUGGCCGUCCCCAGAGGGAUGAGCAGGACAAAGUCCUUCGGGACUCCCGAGGACGAUCGUAUCUCCGCUCUGAUUGGAGAGCACCGGUUUCCUCGGAGCUCCUCCCUGACGGACGGCUUCAUCCCGCCCCCGCCACAGAUAGCCCCGCCCCCGCCCCCCUCCUCCCCCUCCUCCCCCUCCCUCUACCUGCUGGACUCCGGCCCGCCCCCCUCCUUCCUCCCCCCGCCCCCCCCCAUCCGGGGGGAGGGGGUCAAUCGCUCCAGCUUCAAGCCGGGGGCGGAGCCACGGCUGCAGGAGCUCUCUGAUUCGCCGUUGAGAAGCCACGCUCACGCAGAGCGCCAAAGAAAAGCCCGCUCCAUGAUCAUCCUGCAAGACUCCUUAGACACACACACACCUGCUCGCCGUGACACACACACACCUGCACACACACCUACACACACCUCUGCACACCGCGACACACACACACCUGCACACCGCGACACACACACACCUGCACACCGCGACACACACACACCUGCACACCCACUUGCACACCGCGACACACACACACCUGUACACACACCUGCGCACACACCUGCGCACACACCUACGCACACACCUGCGCACACACCUGCGCACACACCUGCGCACACACCUGCACACACACCUAUACACACACCUAUACACACACCUGCACUCACGGUUACACACAGCGACUCACUCUCGGUUCACCCCGCCAUCAUUGCUGUCGGCCAAUCCCCUCUGUCGCGUCGGCGGGGCCGUCAAAUAGAAAACCCGUAUGGUAAUGUCGGCCAGCAGGCUCCACCCAGUAAACCCCAGAGGAGGAAAUCGCCGCUUCUGAAGCAGACGCCAGUGGAGGAGCAAGGUCUGGGACAGAAGGAGCAGGAACGGGGCGGGGCCAUCCCCAGUAGGGCGGAGCUGUACCCGCAGGAAGGGGGCGUGCCCUUCCCCAGCAGGGCGGAGCUCUACCAGCAGCAGGUCCUGUCUGAGCGCGCCCGGGUCCAGGGCCGCCGCUCCUCCCUCUUCCUGUCGGUGGAGGGGGCGGGGUCGGACCACGCCCCGCCCCUCCUGACCCUCAGCCACUCCAUGGACGACCUGGGGGAGCUGCCCCCCCCUGCCCCUGUGCUCUCCCCCUCCCCCACCCCCCACACCUUCCUCCACCCGCUCACCGGCAAGCCUCUAGAUCCCUCGUCCCCGCUCGCCCUGGCACUGGCGGCGAGAGAGCGAGCGCUGACGGCCCGAAGCCCUUCCCCCGAGCCGCGCAGCAAGGCGUCCUGCAGCCCCUCCCCCCUGGGCUCCUCCCCCCUGGGCUCCCCCGACGCCCGCGCCAAGCGCACCCCCGCCGCCACGCCCCUCGCCAGCCCGGAGCUGCGGCACAAGCGGCCGGCCCCGCCCCUCUACACCGAGCCCCCGCCCCUCUACCCCGAGGCCUCGCCCCUUUACCCCGAGGGCCCAGUGGAGCGGCCCGAGACGGAGGGGGGGCUCACCUCCCCCGCCGGCCCCUCCCCCGAGCGCUGGAGACCCGCCCCCCCGCCGGCCGCCGAGGGGCCGGGGGGGGGGGAGGCGGAGAGGAGGAGGAGCCUGACGGUGGGCAGCUCGGAGGAGGAGGGCGGGGCCUUCACGGUGACCCUCCCCCCGGCGCUCCUCUCCUCCAGCGAUGAGGAGACGCGGGAGGAGCUGAGGAGGAUCGGCCUGGUGUCUCCCCCCCCCGCCUUCGCCUCCCUGCCCUCCCCCCCGCCCCCCUCCCUCGCUCUGCUGCCCCGGCGAGCGGGCGAGGGGGGCGGGGGGGGGGAGGCGGCGGGGGAGGACGGGUCCUUCUCCCCCAGCUCCUCCCUCCCUCCCUCCAUCACGCUGGCCUCCCCUCCCGCCCCCCCCUCCCCCUCCUCGCCCCCGGCCCCGCCCGGCCUCAAGCCCCGCCUCCGCUCCCCGGUGGGCCGCGGCCGUGCCGCCCUCAGGGACCCCCUGCUGAAGCAGUCGUCGGACAGCGAGCUCCUCCCCUCACCGCCCUCCGGCGGCCCCUCGGCCCGCCAGCCACGGUACCUCUUCCAGAGGAGGUCCAAGCUGUGGGGCGGCGAGGGGGCGGAUCGGGGGGCGGAGCGGGGGGCGGAGCGGGGGGCGGAGCCAGGGGACGGGGGCCGGCCGGUGGCCCUGGGAGGCCAGGGGGCGGGCUCGGCCGUCGAUCUGACCAAUAGGAUGAGCACGGCCUUGGAGCUCUCCAAUAGGACGGGCUCGGGGCUGGACCUGGCCAAUCGGCUGCAGCUGCUCAACAAAGACAGCCACUCCCUGGGGGAGGAGCCUAGCCCCCUCGACCCCGGACGCAGGUCGCCAGUGGGCGGGGCAAGAUGUGUAGCAGACUUUGAAGACAGUAAAUCGUUGUUCUCCAGCCUCGGCGAGCUCCACACCAUCUCUCAGAGGGGCACCAGCUACACCGUCCGCCCCGGGAGCCGCUACCCCGUCACCCGCCGGAGCCCCUCCCCCUCCCCCUCCCCCUGCUCCGAGAGGCUGAUGGGCCUGGGCUCCUCGCCCUCCCCCGACCGGCCCGAGCUGAGCUCCGGCCGCGGGCUCACCAUCCUCAAGUCGUCCAGCCUCAGCCUGCCCUCCGAGCCCAAGGAGGUGCGCUUCGUGAUGCGCAGCGCCAGCGCCCGGGCGCGCUCCCGCUCCCCCUCCCCCUCGCCCCACGCCUCGCCCUGCCCCUCCCCCGUGCUGGGCGGGCCCCUGCUGGCCCUGCGGCCCUGGCGGCAGCGGCCCCUGGGUCUGUGGAGCAAGUACGACGUGGGCGACUGGCUGGAGAGCGUGGGGCUGGCCGAGCACCGGCAGCGCUUCCAGGAGCACGAGAUCGAGGGCUCGCACCUCCCGGCCCUCACCAAGGAGGACUACGCCGAGCUGGGCGUCACGCGCCUGGGCCACCGCAUCAACAUCGAGCGCGCCCUGCGCCAGCUCCUGGACGCCUCCGCUUGACCCCUGACCUCUCUUCCUCAGACCCUGGGAAGAUCUUAGUCUUGAUAUUCUGGUCAGAUGCUCUUUUGGUCACUGAAACAUCUCAGGCAGUCAAAGCAAUUUGAUCUCUCGGCAUUUGUACUCCCUGCUCUGGGAUUCAUCCCUGGUUCUUUAGCACUCGCUAGCUCUUUAGCGCUGGCUAGCCAUCUAGUGCUAGCUAGCUCUUAAAUCAAGUAUGUUUGAAGGAAAAUGAAUGGCAGUGUUGCCUCUAUUUGUUUUCAUUUUAGAUUAUCACCUUUCUGAGGAUCUGAUGCUGUUCUCUUUUUCACAGACUAAGAAGUAAGUUUGCUAACUUACCGAUUGAGAUAUCUUACCGAUUUAUCUUAAUUGGCAAAUUCGCUGUCUUACUGAGUUUACUUAUUCAGUGUGUUAGCCAAUUUAGUCCAGUUAACUCAGUAUGUUAGCUAACUUACUGACUUCGCUGACAUGCUAAGUUGGCUAGCAGGCUAACAGUGUGCUAAACCAUUCUAUUGGUUUCAUAGCAGCUUUCUUACUAGACUUUUGUGUUUCUAUGGAGUUAUUAGUCAUUCACAAUCUUCACUUACAAGCUUGGAAUAAUGUUGGCGUAGACUUUGUAAUCCCUUGGUUCUAUAAUUCAGAGGUUGUUUUGCGGAUGGUUUGGUGUUGAGUACUAAUGACUGUAGUGGUGUUUGUUUUGAGACGCUCCAUAGCCGGGUGUAGUUUCUGUGGGCGGUGCUAUCUCCUUUUAAAGCCAUCUGUACAGAAAUGAUCAUCCUCUUUUAUCGUUCCUCUCUAACUAGUUAACCGUUAUCUACUCUCCAGUAUAACCUCUUCACCCUCGAUCACCCCCGCACACCGCGAUUGCCCUGGUAACCACACCGCGAUCGCCCUGGUAACCACACCACGGUCAUCCCGGAAACGUGCACCACCACCCCAUGCCCCCAUAAGCCUGGGUUUAUACCCCUUUACCUAUCGGUGUAUCAGAACUGACCGGGUUUACUUCAUGGGUUUACUAUUCUCUGCUGCCCUUCUCAUCUCUAGUUAACUUCCAUUGAAACGCUUUCCUAGCUGCAAUACAUUUAGACCCAGAGUAUUGGUUACUCUUUCUAAGACUCCGGAGGACGUUUUCUAUAGAUUAUAUGACAGUCUGAAGCCUAUAGUUUUUAUAUUCCUAUCCUGUAAUUGGGUAUAUCAACUUAAGUCGGCUCUACAGUUUGUAACUCUCGCAGAAAGAGAGGAUGGCCAUCACGUUGUCGUGGCAACAGGGCCUACCGUUGCCAUAGCGACACCGUCCAAGUGGUUGCAGAUGUGUGACAUCUGAUUAAACUCUUUCAAAGUAUGAUUUUAAAGUUAUAGCGAUGGUGAAGACAACAUGGUAUUAAAGUUAUAGCGAUGAUGAAGUCAUGGAAUUAAAGAUAAAGAUGAAGACAACAUGGUAUUAAAGUUAUAGAUGAAGACAACAUGGUAUUAAAGUUGUUGAUGAAGACAACAUGGUAUUAAAAUUGUUUAUGAAGACAACAUGGUAUUAAAGUUGUUGAUGAAGACAACAUGGUAUCAAAGUUAUAGAUGAAGACUAUAUGGUAUUACAGUUAUAGAUAAUGACAACAUGGUAUUAAAGUUAUAGAUGAAGACAACAUGGUAUUAAAGUUGUUGAUGAAGACCACAUGGUAUUAAAUUUAUAGCGAUGAUGAAGAUGUGCUCGUAGUUAUUUUGGGUGGCUGAUGUGAGUCCUGUUUUUCUUUUUCUAAAAGCACACACCUGCUAUGGAAGGCGGUUGUCACGGCAACUAAACUCAGUCCUGGGCAGAUGUAACCUUUUAAUAAACUCUAAUUUACUAUAAACUCC